AUGCCCAAUCACUUUGAUAGCAUAAUAUGCAUUUUUGGAGAUGAGGAAGAAGUUGAUAAAUGCCGCCAAGACUUCGAAGCCGCAAAAAUUAAAUGGGAAGGCGGAGAAAGAUUAUGUUUUUGCCAAUUCAUUGAUCCAUUGCCUUCAGUUGUGAUUUAUAAUGAUGGAAUAAGAAACGUUAAAGAGAAUCGAUUGCUCACCGAUGAAGAGAGAAAGAUCAUUAACGAAUAUAAUGAUUAUCCUUCAAUGAAUUGGGGCGUCAAUUUCGGUUGUGCCCAAGGGCAUUUAGAAAAGCAUAAUAAAAAUAUGGCAAUUUACUCAUUUUGGACACCCAAUGCACCAAUUGCAAGAAGACUUUUUAACAUCUUUCACAUGAAAUAUCCAAAAUUAAAUAUAGGCUUCGAAGGUGUUGACGAAUGUUGGCCUGAUCACCAUGUUAAAUUUCUUAUAAAAGCAGAUUCUCCAAUAAUGACCAUCGAAGAAAUAAAUCAAAAACAUGAAGAAGAGCUCCAGCGCCAAAGAGAAGAAGUUAUAAGGAUGUUUAACCUUAAGUGA